AUGGCUUCGCAAUCGGGGCUAUCUAAACUAUCCGAAGAGCUCGUCGAGCGCGUCUUUAGUUUCCUCGCACUGGCAGAUAUUAUGUCCAUAUUGCUGGUGUGCCACUCGUUCAGCCGCAUCGCCAGACCAUUCCUAUACAGGAAUAUUGUGAUCGACGCUCAAAACGCGCAGAGGCUGAGAAGCAUCCAAGCCUUCUUAGACCACCCGCAGCACACUAGGUCCGUCCGCGAGGCUAUUAUCUAUACCUCAGAGGCCCAACUCGCUAUCGUGUCGCUCUCGACCUUCACCGAGCGGCAGCAGAAAAAUCUCAGCCAACGGACACCCGUUCCCUGCGACCUCACCCGCUACAUCGACAUAAUUGGAAACGUCGUGCAGCGUAUGACGUUGUUACAGAGCCUCGACGUGCGCUUUCAUAAACAAAGCGAUCUAGGAGAGUUGCUAAAUUGCAUCUUCCGCGACUAUCUCGGGACGAGCGAUCCAGCACAAAUGUUCCCGAAACUCGCGAGCUUCCGCUUUAGGCCGGUCGACGACGAAGAGGAGGAAUUGGUGCGCCUGAACACUACUGACCUGGGCCUUGUUUUCGACCUCCGGCGAAUCCAGGAAUUGACGAUACAGAACAUAUAUGUCACGGGAGAUCCGGUAGAGCGUGUGCGGCUCUCUCCUGCACUAUCACUUAAGACACUCGUUCUCAAGGAAUGUGCUCUCAAGCCGCACCACAUCUCAAGCUUAAUCGAGGCCUGCCCGGCGCUGGAAAUUUUCGAUUGUGAGAUCAUGUACGAUGCGGAAUACGCCCAGAGCGUCGGCGCGUACGAUUUUAGCCCGGUCAAGUAUGCUAUUUGCUCUCUCAAAGAAUCCCUACAAUAUCUUCGGCUUAUUAUCAUCCUUUUCACAACCACAGCCGUAGACAUUGGACAGCCGGGCCCUUGGGGCAUCCGAUCGUCUAUUGGACACUCCUUAAAGACCUUCACAAAGCUCAGAAAACUUGAAAUUUCCCUUCCGGUAUUGCUCGGAUGGCAUGCGCGGAGCACCGCUAGCCUAAAUAGUGUGCUUCCCGACAGCCUCGAAGAGCUCUUCAUUACCCAGGAGACGGCCUACUGGGAUGGCUACGAGUCGAACGAUCUGAAUUUCCCCGAGGAGCCCGAUUAUGUGGCUAUAUGCACAAAGGUCAGAGAUUACAUCCAGGGUAGACCGAAAAGCCUGCACAAGGUCAAAAUCGCAGUCGAGGACUUCGGUAAUGAGGAUGCAAUGGCCUUAACUCAGGGGAUUACUGAGAAGGCAGUAGAAACCGGUGUGUGUGUUGAAAUUAUUGAGGAACGCUUCUUCUGA